AUGUUACGCACGCCAUCGCCAAGCAGCCUCUAUGGCUUGGUUGACAUGGGAAGCAAUGGCAUCCGGUUCUCCAUCACCGACCUCUCGCCCUCAACGGCCCGUUCCCUUCCCACCGUCUACCAAGACCGCGAGGGCAUCUCACUAUUCGACGCCCAGUACUCAUCUGGCGCCAAGGGGCCUAUCCCCCAGGAGACCACCGACGAAGUCCUGUCGUCACUGGCCAAGUUCAAGACCGCGUGUGCCGACUUUGGCGUGCCCGAGACCAACAUCAGAGUCCUGGCCACAGAAGCCACGAGGAGUGCAGAAAACUCGGCAGACUUUCGGCGGCAGAUCAAAGAGGCCACCGGUUGGGAAGUCGAUAUGCUGCCCAAGGAGGCUGAAGGGACGAUAGGGGCCAUGGGCGUCGCCAGCAGCUUUGCCUCGGUGGAGGGCCUGGUCAUGGACCUGGGUGGAGGAAGCACUCAAAUCACCUGGAUGAUCGCCAAAGACGGCCACGUCCAGACCAGCCCAAAGGGCAGCAUCUCGUUCCCUUACGGCGCGGCAGCCAUGACGCGGAAACUGCGAGAACUCUCCCUGUCGCCCCCCGAUCACAACGGACACCACAAAUCCCGAUCUCCGGUCCAGUCGCCCCAGGAGGAACUCGAGGAGGACAUGAAAGCGCAGUUCCGCCAGGCUUACGACGACCUGGACCUCCCCGACUCUCUGCGGCACAAGGCCCGGCACGGCGGGUUGACGCUGUACCUCUCCGGCGGCGGGUUCCGGGGCUGGGGGUACCUCCUGAUGUCGCAGCACAAGGUGUCGCCGUACCCGAUCCCCAUCAUCAACGGCUUCUGCGUCACGAAGCGCGAGUUCCAGCAGACGGGGGCGAUCACGGCCGUGGCGGCGGAGGAGUCGGUGUUCCGGAUCUCGAAGCGGCGGGCCGAGCAGGUGCCGGCGGUGGCGUUCCUGGUCAACGUGCUCGUCGACGCGCUGCCGAUGAUCCAGCAGGUGCGCUUCUGCCAGGGCGGGGUGCGCGAGGGGUUCCUCUUCGACACGCUCGACGCGCCCACCAAGGCCCUCGACCCCUUGGCCGCUGCGACCGCGCCGUACGGCCCCUCGUCGGCGGCCGACCUGGCGGCGCUCCUCUGGGACGGGCUCCCCGGGGUGAACCACCUGGACCGCUCGCUACCGGCGUCGUUCACGCCGGCGCUGGUCCGCGCCGUCGCCGACAUGAUGUACCUGCACCUGCCGCUGCCCAAGGAGACGCGGUCGCUGGCGGCGCUGCACGCGCCCCUCACGGGCGUGCUGACGGCCGCGCACGGCGUCGCCCACGCCGCCCGCGCCAUCCUGGCCCUCGCCCUCUGCGCGCGCUGGAACGUCGACCUGCCCCCGCCGCACGAGGCCCUGCACGCCCGCCUGCGCGCCGUGCUCACCCACCAGGAGGGCUUCUGGGCCAGCUACCUCGGCGCCCUGGCCGGCCUGCUCGGCACCGUCUACCCUGCCGGCCACGUCGACCCGAAGCGGCCCCGCAUCAGGCUCGCCGCGCGCUGGGCCGACGGGCUCGGCAAGAAGGGCCUCAGCCAGGGCGUCGUGCUCGACCUCAAGUGCCGCCGCGAGGACCCCAUGACCGUGCCCCUCGCGCUGAACCCGCUCGUCGAUGACCUGGAAAAGGUCGGCAAGAAGAAGAACCGCGUCGGCGGCGAGCACGGCUUCGGCGUCCCCGUCCAGGUCGAGAUCGAGAGGACCUUGAUCUGAAAUUGGAACCGCGUGCGGGGCUGGGUACGUACGUCGAUAGGCAGGCACUGUUCUCUAUCCUACAGGGUGUAUCUCCCAAAGAUACGGACCGAAUAGGAGUAUCCCGUUCGUAUGUAGCUGUAUAACAGGCUCAGCCGAUCACUGCAGAGGAGUUCAAUCCUGCUGUCUAUUCUCAUCACGAACGGGGACCACAUAUGAAAUCAAGACUCGUUUGAGGUGACA